AUGUUUUUUGGUGCUUCGCGUGUAAAGACUACCGCGGGUAGAGUUGCGAAUAAGGCUGGUUUUCAAAACGCAUUUAAAAACGGUGGGAAAACCGCCGGCUUGAACUUGCAACGUGGAUUCCAAGGAUGGGCUAACGUACCCAUGGGCCCUCCCGAUCCUAUCUUUGGUAUUUCGGAAGCUUUUAAAAAAGAUGAUUUUGCAAAGAAAAUGAACUUGGGCGUCGGUGCCUACCGUGACGACGCUGGCAAGCCAUAUGUUUUGCCUAGCGUUCGCACCGCGGAGACUGAAAUUCUGAAACAAGACCUGGACAAAGAGUAUUUGUCCAUUACGGGUGACAACGGCUUCCGUGAGGAAGCUACACGCAUGGCUUAUGGUGAUGUUUAUGAUAGUAUCCGCAAUCGCUUGGUUGCAGCCCAGUCCGUCAGCGGGACAGGUGCAUUGCUCCUUUCGUCUCGAUUUUUUUCAAAGUUUUAUCCAUCGAACGAUAUCUACAUCUCCAAUCCUACUUGGGGAAAUCACAAAAACGUGUUUAGCAAUGCGGGCUUAAAUAUCAAAGAGUAUCGUUACUACAACCCAGUCACCAAGGGUCUCGAUAUUGAAGGCAUGCUCACCGACUUGUCAAAAGCCCCCAACAGCUCGAUUGUCCUUUUGCAUGCUUGUGCCCACAAUCCAACUGGUGUGGAUCCUUCACAUGCUCAAUGGAACGAUAUUCUUCGAGUUGUACGCGAAAAGGGCCACUUCGUGUUGAUGGAUAUGGCUUACCAAGGUUUUGCCAGUGGUAACUUUGCACGCGAUGCCUAUGCCACCCAAUUGUUUGCUUCUAACAAUGUUCCAAUGUUCUUAUGUCAAUCCUUUGCUAAAAAUAUGGGUCUUUAUGGCGAACGUGUAGGUUGCUUUAGCUCGCUGACAGCCUCUCCAGAGGAAGCUGCGAGAUUCGAAAGCCAACUCAAAAUCUUGGUCCGUGCUUCCUACUCCAAUCCUCCCGUCCACGGUGCUCGUAUCGCCAGCUUUAUUUUGAAGAACAGUGAUCUUCGUGCUCAAUGGGCUGGCGAAGUUAAGGGAAUGGCUAGCCGUAUUAUUUCUAUGCGCCAAACCUUACGCUCCAUAUUGGAAAAUGACUUGAAAAGCAAGCACGGCUGGAAGCAUAUCACUGAUCAAAUAGGCAUGUUUUGCUACACUGGUUUAAAACCCGAGCAAGUCGAAACUUUGAGCAGAGACUAUCAUAUCUAUUUAACCAAGAAUGGCCGAAUCAGUAUUGCUGGUAUUAACACUUCCAACGUUCGUUACCUUGCUGAAGCCAUUCAUAACGUUACUUCUAACUAA